AUGGAUGAGAGAACUCCAUCAACGCCGUGUAUUGAAUAUUCAGCAGCUUUAUGGGCUUGGUUGGAAGGUAGGGGGAUGUACUGUAUUGUGCCAAGAAAGCUAGAGGAGGAGAGGUUUGAAUGCGUGAAGCAAUCCUCAUAUGUGGCCAUAUCUGAUAUGGUUUGGGGGACAGAACUUGCCCAAAGGUAUGAAUCUUCUGUUGAGAAGAUUUUUGGGCCUGGAAAUCAGUAUGCCACAGCAGCAAAAAUGAUUCUGCAAAACAGUGGAGCAAGGAUUUCAAUUGACAUGCCUGCUGCUCCUUCAGAAGUUUUAGUCAUUGCAGACAAAUAUGCAUGCCCUGUUCAUAUAGCUGCAGAUUUGCUUUCUCAGUUAGCUGAGCAUGAGCCGGACAGUCAAGUUGUUCUUGUUAUUGGCGGGGAUGGAAUUGAUCUAAGAGCUAUCGAAGAGGAAAUCAGAAAGCAGUGUCAAGACCUUCCAAGAGGAGAGUUUGCUUCAAAACCUCGUAGCCACAGUUACACCGUGUUUGCUCGUGAUAUGAUGGAGGUAAAGUGA